AGCGGCGCGUGCUGCCGGCCGCCUCCCUCGCGCAGCGGCGGCCGUUGGCGGGAGGGAGGAGGGAGCUGGCGGCGGAGCGGAGCAGGAGCAGGAGGCAGAAGGGGGACCUAGGAGAGACCGUUCCGCCGCGCAAGGCGGGAAGCUCCGCGCCAUGAGCCCCGAGGAGAAGCCGCCGCCGAGCCGCUGCCGCGAUGAGCGGCCGCUGCCUCAGCCCCAGCCCGCUGCCGGCCGCGGGCGGCGGCGGGGCGGCCUGCUGACCGAGAUCCGCACGCCCAUCCGCACCGAGCCCUUCCAGGAGCGCUACAGCCUCAGCCCCGGCAGGGAGCUCGGCAGAGGAAAAUUUGCAGUAGUGAAGAAGUGCAUCCAGAAAGGGACUGAAAGGGAGUUUGCAGCAAAAUUCAUGAGAAAAAGAAGAAAGGGCCAAGACUGUCGGAUGGAAAUAAUCCAUGAGAUUGCAGUCCUUGAGUUGGCACAAUGCAACCUUUGGGUCGUUAACUUGCAUGAAGUUUAUGAAACUGCAACAGAGAUGAUUUUAGUCCUGGAAUAUGCUGCUGGAGGUGAAAUUUUUGACCAGUGUGUGGCUGAAAGGGAGGAAGCCUUCAAAGAAAAAGAUGUUAAACGACUCAUGAAGCAAAUUUUAGAAGGAGUUUCAUUCUUGCACAGAAACAAUGUGGUUCAUCUUGACUUAAAGCCACAAAAUAUUCUACUAACCAGUAAAUCCCCUCUGGGUGACAUAAAGAUAGUAGACUUUGGUCUUUCCAGAAUAAUGAAGAGCAGUGAGGAACUGAGAGAAAUUAUGGGAACUCCAGAGUAUGUAGCUCCUGAAAUUUUGAGUUAUGACCCAAUCAGUACAGCAACAGACAUGUGGAGCAUUGGAGUAUUGGCAUAUGUCAUGUUAACAGGGAUAUCACCAUUCUUAGGAGAUGAUAAGCAAGAAACAUUCUUAAAUAUAUCUCAGAUGAACAUAAGUUACUCUGGAGAAGACUUUGACCUUAUAUCAGAGUCUGCUGUGGAUUUCAUCAAAACUCUGUUGGUUAAAAAACCUGAGGAGCGGGCAACUGCUGAAGAAUGUCUUCAACAUCCAUGGCUAGAACAAAGUGAUAAUCCUGCUCACAGGAUCUGGAGUAAGAAUACAGGAGGGGAGACCAGUGAUGUCCAGAGAGAUGCAGAUUCUGCCUCAGGAAAACCUGUAGAUGCUGAGAAAACUGAAGAGGAAGAAUCAAUCGUGACAGAAGAACUAAUUGUAGUGGCUUCAUACACACUGGGACAAUGUAGGCAGUCAGAAAAAGAAAAAGUAACUGAGCAGAAGGCCAUUUCCAAACGAUUUAAAUUUGAGGAACCAUUGCUGCAAGAGUUACCAGGAGAAUUCAUUUAUUGAACUGUAUGGAGCUUCAUAGCUGUAACUGAAAGGCAGGGGUUUCUACUAAACAACAAAAAUAUCUUAGCCAAGAGAAUCUCUGAUAUGCAAUAGAUGUUCUAGAUAAAGGAAAACAUUCAUAAAUGGCAACUAAGGAAAAUGUGCCAAGCUUUUAAUUUUGUGGAACAGUUAAACAAGGUUUCAAGUGGUUGACAGGAAUUUAACAAGGAUAAAAACGUAUUUUUGUUUGCAUUUUUAUUUCUGAUCUUUGUCUCUGGAUAGCAGAGUCUUUGUUAAUUGUUCCAGUGUUCUGGAGAAGCUGACAUGAGGAAGUGUUUCAGUGACAGAUGCCAAAAAGGGAGUACUUUUUAGGAUACAUUCUGCCAUUUAAUGCAAUUAUAUGAUGCUGGGUUUUCUUCAAACAGCUUUUAUCACUCCUGACUUCAGUGGAUCUAUCUACUGAUUUAACAGUUGUACAAGGAGAGAAUCUGACUGGUUUGACCUACAGAUUUUGAAGCUGUACCAUGUAUAUAUUUCUUUAAGUUUAUGUCAGGUCAAAGACCCAGACUCAUCUGGCUUGGAGCCAAGCUAACUGUGAGCUGGAUUUAUCUAGCAAGAGAUAGUGUCCCACAAAUAAAAAUCUGAAUCAGUGAACAAUCCCAGAUCACAGUGGAGAUGACUCAUGAUUUGGGAGCAAGGUAAGAUCCUGAUCUGGAGGGUGACAGGUCUGCAUAAAUAAGAUGCUCUUGAGAACCAGCAGAGACUGCUCCCUUCUCCUGUGUUGGGCUAGAUGCCAUAGUAAAAUCCAGCUCUGUAUGACUACACAUGUGAUGAUCGGAGGGAAGAACAACACCGGCUCUACUGAAAUUAUUGACGUUCUCUCCACUGACUUCAAAAUAUUGGUCCAACUAAUGAUGAGCAAGCCCUUGAGGGGAGUGUCCCCUUUCCCCCUGCUGCCCUGGACCCAGCUGGGGUUUUACUGGGAAGCAUGAGGUCAUUGCUGACUUCUUUCUUUCCUUCUAGUUGCUGCUUUAAGGAGGAAAGAAGCAUCCUUAGGCUAAAUUGCAUAACCUUGUUCAGUAUAGCUAUCAGCUAAGGAAGAGGAUACCCUUUCCUCAAGUGACGAAGCACAUCUCAUACCUUGUGCUUCCCAAUCACUCUCCCAUAGACAUUUGAUAAAAAGGUAUGUGUAUGAUGGGGCAGAGUGGGAUUAGGGAGCUGUAUGGAUGGGUCAUAGUUCUCAGUGGACAGGGUCCCCUAUUAAAGGAUAAAGCAGGGACCACCUGGGCAUCAAAACUGUUUUUUGCAAUGUACAGAUCUGAGGCUCUUGGAUGGAGUCCUAGUUUUCUAAGAAAUCUUUCAUAUUGAUGCUGUUCCAAAGUUUAAUUUUUAUGUAAUUGAACUUUAGUGCUAUUAUAUUGCAUACUGUUAACUGUUCAAUUAUUUAUUUGGUUUCCUUAUGCUGUUCCUUUAUAAUAAACC